AUGGCGACCAUCACCACACCGGCUGAUUCAACGGACGAACUACUCUCUCAGUGGCGGCCUCAAGUGUUCAUCAACUUCCGGGGAGAAGAUCUUCGCAAGACCUUCAUCAGCCAUUUGGUAAGGGUCUUGAAGGAGAGUGGUAUCAAGUACUAUAUCGACUCUGACGAGACCCGUGGUGCACCUCUUGAGAUCCUUUUGAAAAGGAUCAAGGAGUCACAUAUCGCACUCGUGUUCUUCUCGAUCCAUUACGCCGACUCAGCGUGGUGCUUGGACGAGCUGGUGGAAAUCAUGAAGAAGAUGGAGGAUGGAACCCUCACAGUCAUCCCUGUCUUCUUCAAGGUGAAGCCAGAGGACGUGAAAGGGCAAAAGCGAGAGUUCGGCGUCGCUCUAUACGGAGAAGGUCGCCGGAGGAGACCCAAGAUGCCGGAAUGGGAAGACGCUUUAGAGGCUGUUCCCACAAGGAUGGGGCUGCUUGUCAAGAGUGUCAAGGAAGUGGAAGAUAUAAUUUUAUCAGAAGUCAGAGCAGGACAGCGUUCCUCUUCCUCUCUACUUGACCAACAACACCUUAGAGCAUCUCUUCCCUGUUACGAGCAACGGCUUGAGCAAUUCGAAGAAAGGUUUGGUUUUGAUCCUGACGUUACUCAAAUAUUUAUAAUCCUUGGCAUGGCCGGAAUCGGUAAAACCACUCUAGCGAAAAAACAUUUCGAUAAGUGCAAGAACAGGGUACUAAUUAACAAGAUUGUUUUGGGUAUUCAUAAGAGGUCAAAGAAUGAGCCACGGUCAGAUUGGCUGAUUAGAGAAAUCUUGGAAGAUGAUGUUGGAUAUGCUAAAGUUUUCCUUAAAAAAAGUUUCGUUCUUCUGGAUGAUGUGAGCGAAUUGUCACAGAUAGAGUUUCUACUCCGCCGGAUUAAGGAAGGAAGCAAGAUUGUGAUUACAACUCGCGACAAGUCAUGGAUAAAAGGACUGGUUCACGAUACUUAUCUUGUCCCUGGAUUGAACGACAACGAAGCCUUACAACUCUUUAGGUAUCAUGCCUUCAAUAACCAAGACAAUACUCCUCCCACACAUAGUUUCAUUAAGCUGUCUCAAAAGUUUGUGGAUUUCGCUGGAGGCAAUCCACUAGCACUCGAGGAACUCGGGAAGGAGCUUUGUGGGAAAAACGAGGAUGAAUGGGAAAGAAAACUAGAAAAGCUGCCGCAUUGUUGCAACGAGAACAUCAAAGAGAAUUAA